CCUUCUCAAAAUGCUUCUCUCCCUCCUCGUCUUGGGCCUCCUCGCCCCGUCCCUCAUUCUCGCCGCGGACCCCUGCAAUCCCCGCUACUACCCGGAUGGCAUGGUCUGCGUGUGUGACGAACUCUGGUGCGACACCAUCGAUCCCCUCACCCCCACUCCGAACGGAAUUGUCCAAAUUUUUGAGAGCGAUCGCGACGGCAACAAGCGUUUUGUCCGCCGACUACAAUCCUUCAACGGGACGGAAGACCCGAUCGGACAGGUGUGGAACGUCAUCCUUCAACCGACCCAACUCCACCAAGAGAUGCUCGGCAUUGGGGGUUCCUUCAGCGAUGCGGCCGCCUUAAACCCUGGCCGACUAAGCCCUAAAAUGUUGCGGGAUGCGUAUACCUCCUUCUAUGGCGCCACUGGGGCAGAGUUCGCACUGGGAAGGAUCACAAUUUCCGGGUCGGACUUCUCCACCCGGCCGUAUUCGUAUGACGACGUGGCAGAGGACAUUGGCCUGGACUCGUUCAACUUGGUGGAUGAGGAUAUUUCUUUUAAGAUCCCACAACUCAAACUGGCCAGGGAGUUGGCUGCUCAGGACGUUAAAUGGUACGGAUCCUCCUGGGCUCCUCCAGCCUGGAUGAAAACAAACGGGAUAGUCAAUGGGAACGGGACUUUGAGGGAUGGGCCUGGUUCUGCUAUUUGGGUCUUAUUCGAAAUACUUGGUCAAGUAGGUGAUCACCUCGGUCAUAAAUAUUUUCGCAAUUGGGGGAAAGAAUUUUAUAAAUUGGACGCAUACAGGGCUGAAGGCGUUGAUCUUUGGGGAAUGACAGUUCAAAACGAGCCCAUGACCGGCUUCUCAGAAACAUUCCCAUGGAACACGUGCGGCUUCACGGCAGCCAUGGAGCGUGACUUCAUCGUCCAACAUCUCGGCCCAAACCUUCGCGCAGCCGGGUACAACACACCGACUAAUUUCUCCCUCAUGAUUCUAGACCAUGAUCGCGCCCACGUGCAGAACUGGACUGAGACCAUUCUAGCUGACCCUAUAUCGAACGAAUUUGUCGCUGGAACCGCCGUCCAUUGGUAUUUCAGCGAACAAGUCCCGAUGUCCGUGUAUGACGAGAUUGUCGCCAGAUUCAACAAAUUCGUCCUUCUCACCGAGGCUUCGAUGGUCUUCGGGGAAGACCCUGUCGGUCUGGGGAGCUGGUACUUGGCGGAAACUUACAUGCAAGACAUCGCCUCCACGACGCAACACUCGGUCGCGGGGUGGACGGAUUGGAACUUGGCGCUCAACAUGUCGGGUGGUCCCACCUGGGCGGGGGCUAGUGAGAGAUCGGCCCCCAUUAUUGUGAGUGAUGAUGCUUCAGAGUUCUACAAAAUGCCGAUGUACUAUGCGCUUGCACAUUGGAGCAAGUUUGUCGUUCCGGGAUCAAGACGAAUGGCAACGGUUCCUGUGUUCCCGGGUACGUCCGAUUUCCGUGUUACUGCCUUCCUGCGCCCGGAUGGUGGCGUGACUAUUGUCUCGUACAACAUGUUAAUGGAGGACCAGGUCCUCAACUUGACGGUUCCAAACAAAGGAACCAUUAAGAUCCGAGUGGGUGCCAAGUCUUUCAAUAGUUAUUUAUAUUAUUAAACUUAAUUUGAGUAUGUGUUGUCUUUCAUGGCAAGCCUUUAGAUGGUCGAACACAAAUUUUUAUAAUCUAAAAGCUUGUUGAUUAGAAACCUCAAGUUGAAAUAAAACUGGUCAUUCGUUCAA